GUGUCUGUGGUAACUAGGGACGACCAACAAUCACCUUCCACCGCAGAAUGAGAAAAAUUAUAGAUUUUACUUCUGAUUUAUGUAUUUUCUAUUUAAUAAAAGUGCACAUUUCAUGCGAUUAUUUAUUCAAACAUUAUAAAGCAAAAAAAAUGUUUUACCAAAACUACAUAUCUGGUAUUCGCCCACUUAGUGAAUGUAGCAUGUCGUUGCCAUAGUUACAGCGUUUCGUCUGGAGCCAGGCAGAGGGAUUGUUGACAUGGGAAGUUGUCAAGCUUUCCACAACAAUAAAUAGCUAGCCAGCUAGAUAACAAUGCCGCAUGUCACAUGCAACGGGACUUUGAUCCUUUGAAAGUGUUUACAGAAACUUGCAAGUUUUUAUAGAAACUGUCAAAGAAAAAUGGCAGACAUUCUCAAACACUCAGAUGAGCUUGGAAACGUUUUAGUCCAGGUCCAGGAUGAUUUGAGACAGCUGAAGCGUAGUCUUGGCCGUAUCACCUUCCAGGAGAAGGGAGAAUCCGUGGACCUCCAGGCUUUGGACACUGCCAUCCGCAGGACAGAGAGUGGGAUCAGGAGGCGUGCAGAGCAGUUUCAGAAGACAGUCAAUAGGCAGGUACUGAUACUUCCCAGCAUUGAAGACCUAGAGAAGAAGAAGGCAGAUGUACAGAUUCCCAAAUGGAGGCCCCCUCUGGAGAGUAUCCCACGCAUGCAUCAUCAGAGAGGUCAGAGUGUGGGGGCUUCACCUGGGGAGAAGCACAAGGCAGCGUUGGCCAUGCGUCUGCUGUAUAAUCCAAUUCAUCCAAAGAACAGGACUCUGAUGCACCAAAACUAUGGAAUUCAGCUUCCUGGUCUACGUAAGAGAUCGGCUACGAUAGUGAGUAAAACCUGAGUAAAUUACAAUAGAUCUUCCCAUGCUCUACCCUGCAUU